GUAGGUUCAACGCCAUUUUAACGUUGACCGGAGUAAUUUUGUCGCGAAACCAGCGAAAGCAAUCAAAAGAACGUUUCAAAAACGUUGUAAAUACGUGUUAAGUUGUUCAGUGCGUAUCGUUCUUUAAUUUUAUUACGCGUAUAUUGUCGCAAAUUGAACUAAACGGACGUUUUUUUCGGACCACGUUCUCGCCGCUGAAAAAUGCGCGUGCUUCAUUAACAAUCCGGGUCCCCAAAAUAUGGCUCAGUACUUUCAUGUAUUGAGCCAAACUGAUAAACCGACCGGCAGCGAAAUACAACAAUUUUAUCCCGCGAAUAUUGUUGAUAAUCAAACGACGGUUCAAUACGUUAUUGGUUCUAACGAUCAAGACUUUCAAACACAACAGAUUUUGGUUUCUUCCGAUCAAGUAAUGCUGGUAGAUGGCCAGCCACAACAAAUAAUCGUGGACCAAACUCCCGUACCUAUUCAAAAUCAACAAUACAUUAUACAAGAUACUAACGUUGAGUUCCAAGAAGCUCCUCAACAACAAAUAUUUUACGUUGACGAGAGCAAUCAAGUUCAAAGAGUUGAAAGUAUGUCUGACGGAGCUCGGCCCACUCAACCGGUAGUUUUGAAUCAUCUACAAACAACACCAGUUCAUGCCCAAUUAGCGGGAGUUAAAACUGUUCUUAAUACUCAAAGACCUAUCACUAUAAAUAAUUUACAACAGAGUCCAACAGUAUUAGUUCCGCAAAGGCAAAUUCAAGUUCCUUCAGUGAGACAACCAAAUUUCGUUGUACAAACUCCAGCGCAAUCAGUUCGUCCGAAACUUCAUCAAUUAAAUCAAGGUGUGGCCACAAAUCGAGUGAAACAACCUUUAAUUCGUUACAAUUCAGCUUCGGAAGUUAAUUCUGAAAAGAAAUUUCCACCAACGAGUGUAAACCCGCAAACUCACGCCAUGGAUAAAUCUGAUCUUGAACAAAAAAAGCGUCAAAUAAGAGCUACAGCUCCAAGAGCACGUCCUUUAAUGCGACCGAAUCUUUAUCAACAACAAUCGCGGUUCAAUAGACCAAUUCGGGGAACUGCGCCGCAUGUGAGUCCACAACAACAAAGCGUAAUCCAUCGGCAAUUACAAUCCCCUCAACAUCAAGUUAGUUCAACUCCUACUCAUAAUCCAAAUUACAUCAUUCAUUCCCAUGGAACGACCCCUCCCGUCGGCGAAGUUCCAGUUUUCCAACCUACUUUACAACUAAAGCAAAUUAUUGAAAGUACACCAAUCGAUGACGAAUAUAGAGAUUCAAUUAGGAUGUUGAUAAUUCUUUCAACUGGGGAGCAACGUUUAAUCACGUUCACUUUGCCUAAGGAGCAAUGCACUAUAACGGAAAUUUUAGAACAAGUUGGUUUACCUAUACACAGCGACACCAUAAUAAAUUGCACGGAGACUUAUUUGAAAGAAAUCCAUUACGUGGUGAAUGUAACGUACGGAACCGAUAACACGAAUUCUUCUGUAAUGACCACGGUUCAAGUUGAACAGCCUGAAACUCCAUCCUCUGUAACUCCUUCACCCCCAUUACAAGUAAUUGACACUCCAACUUCAGAAAGUUCCACUCAGAGAUCUGAAUCCCCCGAAUCGCCAGUUUUCGAACCUCCCAAAGAAUUACCCAAGAUCAUUCCUGGUAAAUUAGCCGUUUGUACGCAUUGUGGAUACUUAUCAGAAGAUUUUAAUAAAUGUACAAGAUGUAAGACAAAGUUGCCGGUUGAUGUUAAAGUUCGACUUCUUUCGGAUCAGAUUCCUGUCUCUGCUGUUCAUAAGAAGAUUGAGAUUAAAAGUGGAAACGAUAAGAAAAAUUUAAAAACAGCUAAUGGUACAGCCGGAGGUAUAAAAAAAACUCGCUCAAAAUCAAAACUUGUUGAACAAGAACCGAUUAUAUUAACCCUAAGCUCAGAUGAAGAAGAAGACGAGUCCAAAGCAAUGACAACUUUAAAAUUGAGUGAACCUCACACCUUAAUAGAAGAUAUAUGUAGGAAAGAACCAUCUCUAACUGAAUACCAAUUAACAGAUCAAAAUAGUAAAAAUCACGUUCGCGAAGAUCCCUCAACUUGUGUAACGACUUCGAUCUACUGCAGGACGAUUAGAAUCGGGUCGUACAGGUUCGUACCCGCUGAAAAUAAUAUUUUAAUAAGCUCCAACGAGGUGAUAAUGAAAGUUCCCCAUCCCGCAAACCCAACGGAAUUAAAAACAGUUAAAAUCGAUCGAUCGAAAAUCGUUAAAGUAUUAGCAAACUUUCAAAAGGCGCUUCCAGUUAUUUUUUAUUACGUCUCGCCGAUGAUGGGGGCACAAAUUAGAAACAUUUUGGGAAUGGAGAAAGGUUCCGAGUAUUAUUUCGAUCCAAUUUCAAAACAAGAGGCGUUUAAAAGAAUCACGAUUUUACCCGAACAUUUUGGCGACGAAGCUAAGGUAGUUUUUAAACAAAUUUAUGGCAAACCACCGUUAACGAUGGAGGAGUUGAAUGCAAAGGAGGCUAAUUCUAUUUUAGUGAAGACUUGUCCGAAAGAAAUUUCGAAAAAUUUGCCAUCAUCAAUAGGAGCAUUUACGGAAAUUAAACAAUUAUUGAUUUAUCCCCCAGAAGGAAAAGGUGGUUUAUCCAUAAACACUGAGGAUUAUUUAUGUUUAGCUCAAGAUCAAUUUUUAAAUGAUGUUAUCAUCGAUUUUUAUUUAAAAUAUAUUGUGAUGCAGUUUCCAGAGGAGCAGCAGCAAAAAAUUCAUAUAUUUUCUACUUUCUUUUAUAAAAGACUUACUACAAAACCGCUUAAAGCUACUAGAAGAAUGAAUCCGGCGGAAAUGGAUGCGAAUUUAUCCGCGGCACAAAAACGUCACGUCCGUGUAAAGAAUUGGACUAAAAAUGUAAACAUUUUCGAAAAGGAUUUCAUAAUAAUCCCGAUUAACGAAAACUGCCAUUGGUUUUUGGCCAUAAUUUGUUUCCCUGGAAUGGAAGGGUGUCAUACAAUGGACGGAAAACCAUAUAAAUUAGAACCGAAGCAAAAAUCGCAACAAAAAAAAAAAUUAUCUUCAAUGGGGAACGUAACAAUCACCCAAAUCAAAAUGGAAAAAGGUGACUCACCAAUUUGCGACGGAGAAUUAAGCGAUAAAGAUGAAGCUGAAGGCGACGAGAGCGAAUUAGAAUCUGAAGAAGAAAUCGAAGAACCCAAACCAUCAGGAGUUGUGCCACCUUUAAAACAGCCAUGCAUAUUAAUUUUUGAUUCUUUAGCGGCCGGAACAAGUCGAUCAAGAGUUGUUGCAACGUUACGAGAUUAUUUAUCGUGUGAAUACCUCACAAAAAUGAACAUUGAAAAAACAUUUAAUAAAGACAAUAUAAAGUGUAGUUGCCCAAAAGUUCCUCAACAAACCAAUUUUACUGAUUGCGGUUUAUAUUUAUUACAAUACGUUGAAAGUUUUUUUGAAACUCCGAUAAAAAGUUAUCAAUUUCCAAUUCGCGAGUUAAAAACGUGGUUUGAAGAAAUGACCGUGACGCGAAAACGCGAAGACAUAGCUAAAUUAAUCGAACAAUUAAUGAUUCAAUACAAUAAAGAUCCGGGGAUUUUACCCGAAAUCCAAUUACCAACGUUAAACGGAAAAUUAACCAACAUUAGAUUGGAGGAUGAACUCGAAGAGGAAGAGGAGGAAGAACACGACGAGAAUGAGAACGACGAUGAAGAUCAUAUUUCCGAAUCGACUGUUUUAAUUAAAUCAUCUGACUAUGAAAGUUUUGAGAACGCCGAGAUUUCUUGUGAUGACGCGAUUUCACCUUCACAAAGUAACUUGGAGAAUAUGGAUUUUUCUUCUACUCCAAUCGCGGCGAACGACGUUAAACCCGAUGUUCCAGAUGCGAAAAAAACAUCUAAUAGGGAUACUUUAUCAUAUUUAAAAGCUAAAAGAAUUAUAAGACAUAAAAAUAACGAUGGACAAGAAGUUAAAAAAUUUAAAUCGGACAUUUCGUAAAGCCCAACUCUUUCUUUCAUAAUUUUGUUUUUUUUUGUCGUAUAAUGUAUAUUUUUAUAAAUUACAUUCUCUUUUUAUCCUCUUGUUAACCCAAUUAAUUUCAACUUAGUAUUGUUACGGUUACUAUUGAAUUAUUAAGUAUAUUCUUUUGAUUGUAAUAAAUAUAAUAAAUCCACGUUUAGUUACA